UCGAAAUAUAUUACAAACAUUUAAUAAUUUUAAAUUAACCAUAUGUACAAGUGAUCAGCUUGAAUUAUUUAAAAAUAUGGUUAUUUUGCAUAUGCAUUCAAAGAAUAAUAAGGUAAAAGGCCCUAUUAUGAGGCAGCGUCCCCAUUUAUGAGACAGACAAUUUAAUAUGUAAAUUAAACCUAAAAAACAAUAUAAUUAAUACCCAAAUCAACUUUUUUAUAAUUGUUAAUAUUAAUAUUUAAUUUAUAAUAUAGAAUAGAUAAGAGGUAAUGUAUAUUUAUAGAAAAUAAUUCGGUAUACUUAUACAGCCUCUGAUCCUAUAAGUACUUAAGCGGGUCUCAUUAUGGGACAACAAGGCGGACAUUCAUGAUACACUUCAUUUAUUUAAAAUCGAGUAUUCAAAUACUGUUAAGACGCGACUAUUAUUUUAAUUUUAUUGUUAAAGGUCCUACUUUCAAAAACGUUGAGUUUUUUAUAUAAAUAUUUGCAAUUUAAUUUUUUAUUUCAAGUGUUUCACAAUACGUACACUCCGAUUUGAAAUGUCCGUAUUUAUGAAACGCGGAACAGACUGUUCCAUAAUCCAGGGACAUCCAUGUGCACGUGUACGGCUUUAUGAGACGGAGGUGUUUAGUGCUACUUAUUUGUUUAAAUAAUUCCAUUAAAUUAAAAUAACCACUAUUUUUGACUUGCAACUAUUAAAUACUCGUGGAUGUUUACAAUUAUUUAAAAAUUUGUAUUCAGGUAAGAGUUUUUGACGUUAUAUGGGUCAAUUUCGAAAUCUAACCUCAAAUUUUGCAUAAGUUUGCUCCAAAAUUUAAUAAAAUAAUUAUUUCAGCCUGAUUUAUUAAGUAAUCCGAGAUGCCAAAGAGGAAAAAGAAGACAGCUUAUAAAAAGAAAAUUCUAAAUGGAAUUCAAGAAAUUGUGCUGAGCAGAAGCCAAAGAGGAGCAAUGUGAGACGACAAUCUGCAGUGGCUAUUGGUGGCAAAGAAGUUAAAAGAAAAAAAUUGAAAAAAAUGUUGUACACCUCUGAAGCUCUGAAGAAUGCUAUCCAAGCAUACAGUGCAAGCCAAUCGUCUUUACGAGCCGUUGCAAGGACCUACGGUGUCCCCCACCCCCCGCAACGCUGGCAAGAAAAGUGAAAGAUCCUUCGACUCAGGACAAAAGAAGUGGUCCCUCAACAGUCCUUGAUGCUGCUGAAGAAGAAGACAUUGUACAAUGGAUAUUUGACAGGGCAAAGAUGGGCUUGCCCGUGUCAAAAGAUGACUUGAUAGAUGCAGUUGAAACGUAUGUGUCAUCAUCCACAAAGAAACCCAAUCCUUUUAUUGCCAAUCGUCCGGGCAGGCAUUGGUAUGAAGGUUUUAAGAGGCGACAUCCUGAUUUGACCAUCAGAACUCCACAACAUCUAAGCCACAAGAGAGCUGACGUCACCCAAGAAGAUCUACAAGAUUGGUUUGAAGAGCAGAAAAACUAUUUAAGCUGUAAAAACUUGCUAGAUAUCAGCCCUACUCGUGUUUUCAACUGCGAUGAAACCAACGUAGCCCUUUGUCCAAAAUCUAAUAAAAUUUUGACGAAGAAAGGAAGUCUGACAGCGUACAAGAUAACAGAUGAUAUAAAACUAGGUAUCACAGUAUUAUUUAUGUACAGUGCAUCAGGGAAACGAGCUCCUCCAGCCAUCUUGUUUCCGUAUAAAGAAAAGCUACCAAGAAAUAUAAUAGCUAAAAUUCCAACUGGCUGGGGUGUUGGAAUUUCAGAUAAUGGUUGGAUGACCUCAGAGUUAUUCUACGAGUACAUGACAAAUGUAUUCUAUCCCUGGUUAUUGCAAGAAGAAAUCGAAUUCCCUGUUGUGCUGUACCUGGAUAACCACUCGUCUCACCUUACAAUGCCAUUGGUAAAAUUUUAUAGAGAGAAGAAAAUAGAAAUUAUUGGCUUGUACCCGAACUCUACUCAUAUCAUGCAGCCACUUGACAUCGCCUUCUUUCAUCCCUUUAAAGAGGUUUGGAAGAAAACUGUAACUAGAUGGAAAACGGAGAAGAAUAUGAAAGAGUUAAAAAAGGAAGAUGUAGGUACAGUUUUAAAACAAACGCUCGAGUCAAUGCAAGAAGAAGACAUCAUAAAGAAUGGCUUUAGAACAACAGGCUUGGUACCGUUCAAUCCCAAUGCAGUGGAUUACGAUAUCCUUAACAAGAAAAAAGAAAAAUCAAAACAACCAGUCUCUGCCAGUCAUGGAGAAUCCAUAGAUUUACACCUACAAAAGUUUCAAGAUAACCUGAGUGAAGUAUCACCUGGUUUAUUACAUAGAUUGGAAAAAGAUUUACCUACUGGCUCGUGGACAGGAAAUUUGGAGAACAAAGCUUUGUUUGAGUAUUGGUAUCGGUUGAGGUCUUCGAAAACUGAUUCGUGUAAUUUAAAAAAAAAAACCUACGAUCAAGAGUGAUGUCCUGCUAGUUGAUAAAUACACUAUAGUAAAACCUGGUGAUACAGUGAAUGCUAGAAGUAAGUCUACAGUAGAAAAUCAUGAACUUGUUACGCAGUCUAAUGAACUGGACUUUUCAAGUACGUGUGAUGAUACUGGAAAUGCAAAAAGCCACUCUACCUUAGAAAAUCAUGAACUUGUAACUAAAAAUGAGCUGGACUCAUCAGUUACUUGUGACAACAGAUCAGCUGUGUGUACAGAAGAAAACAAUAAUGUAACAAAAAGUAUUGAGCCUUUUGAAGAAAAUGUACAAGUCGAAUUUCCAGACGAUAUAGAUUUAUCUCGUGCUAUAAUGAAUGCUGAGAUCGUGUAUGUGGACAAUGUAUCAAAGGACUUGGCUAAAAAUGACCAUUCUCAGCAACCUGAAAGCCAUUGGAUAUAUUCAUCUUCGAAUGCACAAGAACAGGAGUACGACAACACAUUGGCUCAUGCAGAUUCACCAGUAAUCAAACAAACCAAAGAAAACUGCAGUGUUCAACCUCAAAAAGACUGGAUAAAUUCAUCUUCGAAUGCACCAGAACAAGAGAACCACAGCUAAUUGGCUAAUGUAGACUCACCAGUGCCCGAACAAACCAAAGAAAUUAAUGAAGCUAAGGACAUAAAGAUGGAAAUAUUUAAAAAUGUUUUCACUCUUCCAACCGAGUACCUGCCAAAGAAAAAGAAAGUUAAAGUGGAAGCCUCCGGUAAACCCAAACUGCCAGCAGCUGGCACCUCUGAUGCCUGGUUCGAAUGGCAACUGGAAAAAGAAAGAAAACAGAAAGAGAAAGAAGAGAAAUUGGUCAAAAAGAAACAACUACAAGAAGAAAAAAAGAAGCUAGCACAGGAAAAAAAAAUUGCUGCAAGAAAAGAUAAAAGAAAUCCAAAAGAAGAUAAAGCUAGAGACGAAUCCGCACUAAGUCAUGCUCGUAUUAUCAUAAUUUAUUGUUUUUUUUUUUUAAAUUAUAUCUUAUUGUUCAUGUUCUUUUGUACACAACAGUAUGAGUUGUUAUUUAUAUUUAUAAGAUUAGUGUAAUUUAUGCCUUGUUUUUAUAUGUCUCAUAACAGGGACAAUGUAUAUGAGACACACGGACAAGCCAUUUUCACUCUGUUUCAUAAUAGGGACAUCAAAACAGCUGUAAUGUUUUAUUUAUUCAUUUAUUAUAUUAACUUCUUUUGAAAUAAAAAAAAUCGUACUUAUUCAUGAAACCCAAAGCCAAAUAUUUCUACAAAAACUUGUACACUAUUCAAUAACUAAUAAAUUUAUAAAAUCAAAAACCCUCUUCAACCUGUAAAACGCUGUCUCAUAAUAGGGCCGUUUACCUUACUGCUCUGAAAAAGUUUAUGACUGGAACAACCAGGAUUAGUCAUGAAAAUAAACAAAUUAUUUUAGAAAGUAUAGCUGACAAUGUAUAAAAGAUUUUUGGAAUAUUGGCGAUAUCGCGCGACAUCGAGCCCUGUCCCAUGGCGCCACAGUGCCCCAAGAUGUUAAGCUGCCUCAACCAUGUGAUCCGCCGCUGAGCUCGGCGGCGCCCUCCGCUCGCUGCCUCACUGCUUGCCAGCUCCUCGAGCCAGCAAUACGCUCUCCGCUCACAUCACACAUCUAAGCCCCGUUGUUCAUUUCAACUUACAAAAAAGCCACGUUUAAUAAUCUUACUCCUGUUGUCAAGUGUUCUUAAUUUGCGUAUCACCUUAUUCACACUCGCAUCUAGAAAAUCCUUAUAUACCGACAAAGAUAGUUACUACUUAUUAUUGGAUUUAUUAAAGUCUAAGAGAUACUUAAUUAAACAGAAAGCGAAUGAAAUCAAUAAUUUAUAAAAAAUAAAUAGUAUAAAUUUUGAAAAGGAAUUUAAAGGCAAGACAUUUUUUAGUGACAUUGAACCAAAAUUUUAUGAAGAUAUGUAAUUAGACACACUAGUUAAGAUAUUAUCAAAAUAUUUUAUAGCAAUUAUUUUAUAGAUUAUUUAUUUUGCAGUUCUUUAAAAAGUCAGUGGUAAAAGUGUCAACUGAAGGGUGUAAAAAUAUCUGGAUAAUGUUAGAAAGAUAAUUCUAACAUUGUGCAGAAAUGUAAAAUACAUCAAUUCAUGUUAAAAAAAUUAUGAGCAUUAGUAUUAACUUGCAGAUACUAAAUACUUUUGUAAAUAAAUAAUGUUAACUAUGAAAGUAAACCGAUUUAUCAAACUCAAAUUACCAUGUUGUAAAACUUAUGUUUAACUGAAUAAAAGGUUAAACAAUACAUUAUAUUUGUUAAAUAUCCUUUCAUUAAAAAAUUGUUGUAUGUAUACAAUUCGCACACUUUUUAGUUCAACAGAACCGUUAAUCGUUCAUCAUAGAAUUCAGUUCCAACAAAAACCGAAUGCAAUAUUUGAUUUUUAUAUGAAACUUAAUAAACAACCAAAAUGUGAAAACAUCUACUUACUUUGUAUCGGCUUAAAAUCCUCUGUUGAGGAGUCCAUCAUAUGUAUCCUUCAUUGACAUCCGAAUAGACGUAUCGUAAGUAACGUAAUCGUCUUGAUAUUAAAUUAUAUUUUAUUACACUAAAUAUAUGGGUCAUGUAAUAUAACGUUCGAUGAAAAUUUCAACUUUUUAGUCAAUAUUAAAGUUUAUGGAUCAAUCUCAACAUUGAUUGGAUUCGUGAUGAUAUCUGAAAAGCAGUCUACUAAAUGUAUGAUUUGUUUUUUGUAAAUCGAAAAA